GAUCCAUGCGGAACAUGCACAUUGCUGUCCUCGCUGAUUCAUCAUGGCUGACACGAAGUGGCCGGGCUGCUCGAGGGGCUUGAAGGCUGUGGUGCUGGACAUGUGCGGGGUCCUGUACGACAGCCAGGAGGGGGGGGUCGUCGCCAUCCCGGGCUCCGCUGAGGCUGUGAACAGGCUCAUGUCUUCAGACCUGCAGCUGCGCUUCUGCACCAACGAGACUCAGGCCUCCAGAGACAAGUUCGUGGCCAAGCUGCAGACAGCUGGCUUUGACAUUUCCGCGUCCCGGGUCUUCUCUCCCGCCCCUGCUGCUGCAGCUGUCCUCAGAGAGAGGGGGCUCCGGCCUCACCUGCUGGUGCAUGAUGGACUUCUCACUGAGUUUGACAGUGUUGACAAGACCAACCCAAACUGUGUGGUCAUUGGAGACGCAGCCGAGAACUUCUCCUACCAAAACCUGAACGAUGCAUUCAGGGUCCUCACGGGCCUGGAGAAGCCACUGCUGUUAUCUCUGGGCCAAGGGAGGUACUACAAGGAGACAAAUGGUUUGUCCUUAGACGUCGGGGUUUACAUGAAGGCUUUGGAGUACGCCUGUGACCUAAAGGCUGAAGUCAUUGGAAAGCCAUCCCCAAUGUUCUUCCAGAGUGUUCUCAAUGACAUGGGGCUUCAACCACAUGAGGUGCUGAUGAUUGGAGACGAUCUGGUGAACGACGUAGGUGGGGCGCAGAACUGUGGAAUGAAAGGCAUACAAGUCAGGACUGGCAAAUAUAGGCCCAGCGAUGAGAAGCACCCGACGGUGACGGCCGACGGCACCGUGGACAACCUGACCCAGGCCGUGGACAUGAUCCUCAGUCAGAGGGGGGGCUGAGUACCAGGCAACAGAUACCGGAGGCUCUGCACUUACUGUGAGGCCUCGGUGAUACAGCCUCGUGCACUGUAGCAUUUUCACGUAGCUGUAACUUUCUACAACCUAAACUACCGUCUAAACACUGUAACCAACCCUGUACUGUGAAAUAUGGAAAACACCCGCCCAGCUGCUGCUACACAUGGUGUUUCUAGAAUAAAGUUUGCAGAAGUGUAACCCAGGUCUGUACCGUGCAUUUGUCAGUGUAGCGCUGGCACAGAUAAGAUACCACAGCUUGACAUGGAUUGGCUGUAGCCAGCUGCUGACUGACGGUUAGAGGGGAAAGUUUUGCUGUGUGUUCAGACAUCUGUACAUGGAGUCAACAAAUUAAGUCACUAUUUUGGGCUCAUACUUCGUAAAGAGUAACACAUUAUAGCUAAGGAGCAGGGAGUUGUCAGUUAUGUUUGCAUUUAGAUAUGAUAAUUAUAAAUAAAGCUAUUUUACUACCA